UUGUAUUAAAACGUCAAACGUAUUAUUUCCUACACAUUUUAUCAUCAAAAAAGCCCUAAAAUAUUAAUUCUGCGCAAUUAAUUUACUCAUAUUUGCUUAAAAUCACUAUUUUACGAGUUUAGUGAAUGUUAUUAAGUCCGUUGUUUCGCGCAGAGGCGUAGGAACGCCAUGUUGGUUCAAAAUAAUAUGCCCCAAGGGGAUAUGCCAUUUUAUCGACAAAGUUGAGCUGAGCGUGUAUUUCGUGCAUUGAAUAUCGCUGGUCGAGGAAACGUUGCAAAGUGCAGUAGUUGCAUUAUAGCAACGCGCCUACGUCGCAAGCGCAGUCAAAAUGGAGGCACAGCCGGAGGCAGCAGCAAAGGACAUGAAAUUCAUCAGCGUGACAAGUUCUCUACUGACAGACGAGCAACGGGAAAUGUACGAGUCGGUACUAUCAACGUGGAAGCCCAUUGAGUUUGAGCAACCUGUCAAGAGAUACAUAUGCCCUGAAUGUCACAAGGAAUUCAAGAACUACCAAAACUUGUACUUACAUACUACCAGAGUGCAUUCUACGAGAGACUCCGCUGUCAUCUGCAACGUAUGUGACAAAACUUUCAAAAACAAACAUUACUUGUACAUGCAUAGAAUGAAUAAGCAUUAUUCUGAAGACGAGAAGUGUUAUUGUCAAUUUUGCAUGCAAGAGUUCCGGACAAGCCGAGCUUUACACAUGCAUGUGAAGAAGUUCCAUCCUGCCGCGCUGCCAGAGAUCAAGUGUGAAGUAUGCGACAAGCGAUUUUCAGCUCCUUACAAGCUGAAGUACCAUAUCGAGGCGUGCCAUAAAGAUAAGAAGCAAUACAAAUGCCAGUUAUGCCAAAAAUUAUACGCCAGCAAUUUAAAUUUAAAUAGACAUGUACAGACACAGCAUGCAGACGUCAAACGACAUCCGUGCGUGUUCUGCCCUAUGACUUUCAAGUCCAAACAUCACAUGAAACGCCAUAUCCUAAACAUACAUCCUCCGCUAGAAUCCAAAGCGACCUGCCCGGAAUGUUCUAGAGAAUUCAAAAACGAGAAGUACUUAAAAGAGCACAUGCAGAUACAUUCCUCUUUGGAAACAAAAGUGAAAUGCGAUAUAUGCGAUAAAUUCUUCCAUUCGGCCAUUCGUUUGAAGAAACAUAAGAAAAUCGUGCAUCCGGAGCCUAAGCCUAUGAUCCGUUGCGACAAAUGCGAUAAGGAGUUUGUACAUGCACAUUAUUUGAGGAGACACUACAACUCUGUUCACGUAGAAGUGGAUGAGACACAGUAUCAGCAUGAAUGCGACCAGUGCGGCAAAAAAUUCAAGAUCAGAAAGUACCUCCUUAACCAUUUGCAGCGGCACGAGCAGCAGCAUCUGAAGAGUUUAUCCAUGAUGGUGAAGACGGUUAUGGGGGAAGAUGGGAAGGAAAUUGAGGUUCCUGUGCCGGUGAAGAGGCGGGGCAGGAGGAAACAGCCUCCAAAGGAUAUAGAGUUUAUUAAGUGUGAGCCGGAAACCAGUUCAGAGUCGGGGUCGGAUGUAACUGAUACGGAAUCAGAGUAGACCAAAUUA